AUGGAUAUCAACAACUUGUUUGAAAGACUCAAAGUGGAUCUCACUUGUAGCAUGUGUUUGGGCUAUUUCCAUGACCCAGUGAUUGUCAGAUGUGGCCAUAGCUUCUGCAAAGAGUGUCUUCUCAGCUGCUGGAAGGAAGCCCACUCAUCUGUAACGUGCCCAAUUUGCAAGUCAGUCCUUGCAUUUCGAGCCUUUUUGUACAACAGGAGGCUGCAGAAUCUGGCUAUCAUUGGCAAGAUGCUCAGACCUCACUUACUCCAGAGCACCAGGGUCCUGAGCUCCUGUGACAAACAUGGGAAAGAAGAGAUCUGGUUCUGUGAGGAGGACCACAGACCCUUGUGUGGGCCUUGCUUUUUAAGCACAGAGCACAAGGAGCACAAAGUCCUUCCCUUGCAAAGGGCUGCUAGUCAGUGUAUGGAGAAGCUUCAGGAGACAUGGACUACUUUAAAGGGGAAGAAGAAGAAAUUUGAAAUGGAAUUGGAAUGUGAAAAAACGAGAGAGGCCCAGUGGAAGGUGCAUGGCCACACUCUCAAAGAGCAGGUUGUUUCUGAAUAUGAGAAAAUGCACCAGUUCUUUUUGGAGGAAGAAAGACUACAAUUGCAAAGACUGGACAAGCAACCAAGAGACCACCAGGCAGAUAGGGAGAGCAAGGAUAGCCAAUUCCAAGUGAUACUUAAUAAGCCAAUGGACUCAGAGCAGCAGCCUAUGGAAAUGCACAAGUUGCAGACUCAAGCAAUGAUUAAGUUGUUUAAGUCUCAAUUUGAGAAAAAGCGCAAGUUGUUGUCAGAGGAAAAACAGCUACAUCUACAAAGAUUGGACCAGCAAGUAAAAGACAACCUGGCAAAGUUUGAGGAUAGCAAGACAAAAAUGACAGAACAAAUCCACAAUCUGGAAAUGGUCAUGUUAGAAAUAGAAAAAACUUUUGAAGAGGUUCUCAUGGAUAUGCUCCAGGAUGCUAAAACCACAUUGGAAAGGAAAGAGGAGCUACUUCUUCAAAAUCCAGUAGCUGCUUCACCCAGAUGGACCAUGGACCCCAUCCCUGGCAUGAGAGAAAUGCUGCUGACUUUCCAAAGGGAUAUCACUCUGGAUCCUGAAACUGCCAAUCCUCAUCUCAUCCUGUCUGAUGAACUGAAGAGCGUUAAAUAUGUUUCUGUCCCACAGGAUGUGCCUGACAAUCCAAAAAGAUUUGACUUUGCUCUCCGUGUCUUGGCUACCCAGAGCUUCACCUCAGGGAAACACUACUGGGAAGUAGAGGUGGAGAAUAAAACAGAGUGGGAGGUGGGGCUCUGCAGAGAGUCAAUCGGAAGGAAGGGCAAUGUUCAUAAGCAACCUGGGGAUACAUGUAGCCUUGUCGCAUUUGCAUUUGGGAAUACUUUUCACCUCUUGUGUUCAAAUCAUCCUGUUCCUCUAAACCAACCAAUUCAUAAGGUGGGCAUUUUCCUUGAUUAUGAAAGAGGCCAUGUAGCAUUUUAUAAUGCUACAGAUGGAACUUUGAUUUACAGUCCCCCAAAUGAUGAUUUUCAAGGGGCUCUUUGGCCAUGCUUCUCUCCUUGCAUUAGAAAGAGGAAUAACAACUCUGGAUCUCUACGUAUCUGCCCCACAAGGAACUAG